GGUACUAUUCGUCUACCUGCUUUCUCAAUGGAUGGUGACUACGUUAUUGGUGGUGUUUUGUCCAUUCACCACUAUGCACACACAGUGAAGCAUAACUACACCAUGAUGCCUGAUUCAAUAAGAUGCUCAGGAAGCAUUGAUACCCGUGAACUGCGCUUCUCACGCGCAAUGAUCUUCGCCAUCGAGGAGAUUAACAACAGCACGGAGCUGCUGCCGGGCAUCAAACUUGGUUAUCAGAUCUAUGACUCGUGUGCCUCUGUGCCUGUAGCGGUGCAUGUGGCAUUCCAGCUGUCAGGCGGCCUGGACCUGGUGUUUAACACCGGCGACAAUUGUUCACAAUCUGGUAAAGUGAUGGCCAUUGUUGGUGAGUCUGGGUCCACACCAUCCAUCAGCAUGUCUCGCAUCAUCGGACCCUUUAACAUUCCUCAAGUUAGUCACUUUGCCACUUGUGCAUGCCUGUCCGAUAAGCAGCAGUACCCAAGUUUCUUCAGAACCAUCCCAAGUGACCAGUUCCAGGCUGACGCGCUGGCAAAGCUGGUAAAACACUUUGGUUGGACUUGGAUAGGUGCUAUCCGAUCGGACUCGGAUUAUGGAAACAAUGGCAUGGCGUCGUUCCUAAACGCAGCACACAAAGAGGGGAUCUGUGUGGAAUAUUCUGAAUCCUUCUAUCGGACCAACCCACGAAGCAGGAUCCAGAGAGUGGCCGACAUUAUCCGCAGGUCGACAGCUAUGGUUAUUGUGGCAUUUACAACAUCUGGAGACUUCAGGAUUCUGCUGGAAGAGCUGUCGCUCAAGCCCUCUCCACCUCGCCAGUGGAUAGGCAGUGAGGCCUGGGUAACUGACCCAGCUAUGCUGAGGUUCAGUUUCUGUGCUGGAGCAGUGGGAUUUGGCAUUGAGCAAUCUGUGAUUCCAGGUCUGAGAGACUUCCUGCUGGAUCUCUCUCCCUCUAAAGUGGCUGCCUCUCCAGUCCUUACUGAGUUCUGGGAGGAUGCAUUCAACUGCAGAUUUGCACCACCUCCAGCAGGUUGGGUGGAGGCUGCGGGAGAAGUAUGCACUGGACAGGAAGAUCUAGAGAGUGUGGGAACUGAGUUGUUAGAUGUUUCUGAUCUCAGGCCUGAGUACAAUAUUUACAAGGCGGUGUAUGCUCUAGCACAUGCCCUUGAUGACAUGCUGCAGUGCGAGCCAGGAAGAGGGCCUUUCAGCGGACACAGCUGUGCCACUUUGCAAAUACUGGAGCCAUGGCAGCUGCUGCAUUACUUGGAAAAGGUUAACUUCACCACAUCAUUUGGUGAUGAAGUUUCCUUUGAUGAAAAUGGUGAUGCCUUACCAAUAUAUGAUGUCAUGAACUGGCUGUUGCUCACUGAUGGAAGAAUUACAAUUCAGAAUGUGGGGCUUGUUAAGCAGUUGGCCUCCAAAGGUGAAGAACUCACACUUGAUGAAGAGAAAAUCUUCUGGAACUUUGACAACAAACAGUCACCCCUGUCAGUGUGCAGUGAGAGCUGCCCCCCAGGUACCCGCAUGGCCAGAAAAAAGGGACAGCCUUUUUGCUGUUUCGACUGUGUACCAUGCUCUGAGGGAAAGUUCAGCAAUGACACAGACUCCAUGGAGUGCACCAGUUGUCCAGAGGACUUCUGGUCCAAUGUCCAGCGUGACCACUGCAUUCCUAAGAAAACAGAGUUUCUCUCCUACCAUGAGCCUCUGGGUAUCUGCCUGACAACAACAUCAUUGUUGGGAACAUUUAUCUGUGCUGUUGUCCUGGGAAUUUUCACCUAUCAUCGCAGUACACCCAUGGUACGCGCUAACAAUUCAGAACUAAGUUUCUUGCUCUUGCUGUCACUUAAAUCCUGUUUUCUGUGUUCACUGCUGUUUAUCGGCCGUCCCAGUCUGUGGACAUGCCAACUGAGACAUGCAGCAUUUGGGAUCAGCUUUGUGCUUUGUGUCUCAUGUAUUCUGGUAAAAACCAUAGUGGUUCUGGCUGUGUUCAAUGCCUCCAAGCCAGGAGGAGGAACCAGUCUGAAGUGGUUUGGUGCUGUGCAGCAAAGAGGAACAGUUCUGGUUCUGACUUCUGUUCAGGCAGCAAUCUGCACUGCUUGGAUUGCUUCUGCCUCACCAGCUCGCUAUAAAAACACUCAAUACCACAACGACAAGAUAGUUUAUGAGUGUGUUGUUGGGUCCACUGUUGGUUUUGCAGUGUUACUAGGCUAUGUUGGUUUACUGGCUAUCCUCAGCUUCCUGUUAGCAUUUCUAGCAAGGAAUCUUCCAGACAACUUCAAUGAGGCCAAACUCAUCACAUUCAGCAUGUUGAUCUUCUGUGCUGUGUGGGUGGCCUUUAUCCCUGCUUAUGUCAACUCUCCAGGGAAAUAUGCAGAUGCUGUGGAAGUAUUUGCCAUUCUGGCCUCCAGUUUUGGUCUCUUGUUGGCAUUGUUUGGACCCAAAUGUUACAUAAUCCUGCUGAGACCAGAGAGGAACACCAAGAAAGCAAUAAUGGGGCGGGGCAUCCAGUCAUAA